UCUGUUGAAUUUUUGGUUUGAAACAAAUGGAAUAUACAGAAUUGUGUGAUAACUGAAAAAUAAUAAUGAAAAGUUUAUAUUUUAUUCUAAUUACUGGAAUAUUUACAUUAAUCAUUGUGUCAGGACAACAAACUCCAAAAUUAUAUCCUCAAGUUACAAUUCCUAGUGGAACAAUUCGUGGAUAUUAUGAUACGGCAACUAAUGGAAAAGAAUUUGCAGCGUUUGAAGGAAUUCCGUAUGCUAGUCCUCCAUUAGGGAAAAAUCGAUUUAGAGAACCGCAACCAGUUAAACCGUGGAAGGGUACGUGGAUUGCUAACCACACUGUUAAAUGCCUACAAUAUGAUCAUUUAUUACUUCACACAGAAAAUCCCGUUCAUGGAGAAGAGGAUUGCCUAUAUAUUAACGUUUACACCCCACAAGUGAAUCAAAAAGCACAAUUCGACGUUAUUGUAUUUAUUCACGGCGGUUGUUUCCAGUUUCGAACGUCGUAUACAAACAGACCUCAUUAUUUACUAGAAAAUAAUAUUGUUUUUGUAACUCUCAAUUAUCGACUAGGACCAUUAGGAUUUUUAAGCACAGAAGAUGAUGUAGUACCCGGAAAUAAUGGCUUAAAAGAUCAAAAUGCUGCCUUAAAAUGGGUUAGAGAUAAUAUUCAAUAUUUUGGUGGCAAUCCAAAUUCUGUAACAAUAACUGGACAUUCUGCUGGCGGAGCCAGUGUUUCAUAUCAUUAUUUAUCACCAAUGUCCGCUGGUUUGUUUCAUCGUGGGAUUGCAAAAAGUGGAAUUGCUUUAAUGCCUUGGGCUCAAACUGAAGGUAGCUUAGAAAAAGCUAAAAAAUUGGCUGCAAGUCUUGGUUGUAAUUCCGAAUCAAAUAGGGAGAUGGUUGAGUGUAUGCGUUAUCGUCCAGGAAAUCAAAUUGUAGCGAAAGUCAAGUUAUUUUUGUAUUACUUGUACAAUCCAUUCUCUCCCUUCGGACCUGUGAUUGAAAAAGGUGGUUCAAAUCCCUUUAUAUCAGAGAGUCCAAUUGAAAUACUUCGCCAAGGAAAAGUUAACGAUGUACCAUUAAUAAUAUCAGUAGUUCGAGAUGAAGGGUUGUACCCAGGAGCAGAAUUUGUUUCUGAUCCGUCAUAUCUACCAGAAAUUGAAAAAAAAUGGGAAGAAUUAUCUCCAUAUUUAUUUGAUUACAAUUAUACAGUUCCAAAAUCAGAGCAUGGAUUAAUUUCCCAAAAAAUUAAGGCUCAUUACUUGAAAAAUCAACAAAUUUCCAGGGCCACUUUCAAUGAAUUAGUUCAAGCCAUAGGAGAUCGAUUAUUUGUUGAACCUUUAGAACUAGGCGCAAAGUUAUUUGCUAAAGCAUUAACUUCCCCUGUUUACUUCAUUUACUUCACUUAUCGUGGUGCAAACAGUAAUUCUAUAUUAUUAAGUCAUUCGCAAGAAAAUUUAGGAGUCUGUCAUAGUGACGAUUUAAUUUAUGUACUAAAUUAUGCGUAUUGUCAAGAAUUAGUAAAUGAUGAUAAAUUGAUGAAAUCACUAAUUAUAAAAAAUUGGUUAACAUUUGCUAAAACCGGUGUUCCAAUUUAUGGCAGUAUUCAACCAAUCCGAGUUUCACCUUCAAAAGAUCUAUUAGAUUAUGUGCACAUUGAAUCGCCAAAGAAAAUUAGUUUGAAAACGGUUGACACUCUUUCGCAUAAACAAUUUUGGAAUUCUUUGCCCUUCAAUGAGAAUAAAGUAUCUAGUCUGACAAAAGAAGAAUUAUAAAUUCUAUAAAGUUUUUAUAUUUGUACUAAAUAGCUAUAUUAUUUUAG